CCCAGACCAAAGUAAUCGAGCAAAACGCGUCUCAGGCCUGUGAGUGGAGCACUGAUCAAAACCACUGAGCAAAAAUGGCGGAUGACAAGGAUCCUCUGAAGCAAUUAAAAGAUUUGACGAAGCUCAAAAAUCAAUUGGAGGAAAUCCAGAGGCGAGUGGAGAACGAAGUGUCUGUGGGAAUCCCUCAGGGAGGCUCAGUGUUGGGAUCUCCGUUUCUGAAGGGCUUUCUGGCCGGCUAUGUGGUGGCCAAACUACGCUCCUCUGCCAUCCUGGGAGUGCUGCUGGGAACAAUCACUGGCAUGUACGCGGCACAGAACUACCAGGUGCCCAACAUUGAAAGGACCGUGAAAGAGUACAUAAACAGCUCGAGAAAAGGACCAAAGUAAUUUGGGCUCUUGCCGGUGAAAUAAGGGGCACAAGAU